CUUCUGCACUUAACAAGUCAAGCCCUCAUGCUGAGUUGCAUCAGAGCUCUGCUCCCAGACGCACUCGCAAAUAAGACCAGAAGAACAUUUUCUCCGUACUGAAAUAUAAAGAAGCGAAGGAGUAACAUUUGUAAAUGACAAGAUGUUACAAUUCAGGAGAAGCGUUGAAUCCGAAAAACAUCAAUUACAGGAGCUCAACAACAGACUGGGCCAGUACCUGUCAAGAACAAUGCAGUUGGAGCAUGACAAUGCAAUCCUCAUAACUGAAAUAAACAAGAAAAGACAAGAGAAGACAGUGGAACGGGACAACCAAUGUAUGGCCGAAAUGCGGGACCUGAGGAGAAUGGCAGGGCAACUAUCUUUUGAAAAGUCCCGAGCCGAGACUGAACGAGAGAAGCUUUGGCAAGAGUUUCAGAUGUUACAGUUGAUGUGUUGUGAGGAGCAGGUGGUAUGCAAAGACAUAGGUGGAGAGAUGAAAGGUUGUGAGAAGCAGCUUCAUAAAGCUCAACAGACCAAUGGGGAACUUGAAGAACGUCUGUUCCAGCUUGAGAACGAGUACAAAUUCAUUGAGGAUGCACACAGACAAGAAAUGACCAAGCUCCGGAGCCAGAUGCAUUCACGACCUAUUGUUACCCAAACGUACCAUGGUCCUCCAGCGGUCUCGAUGGAAGAGAUGCAACAUUAUGCCCUCAGCCAGUCCGAAGGAUGGACGGACUCCUUAGAGAUGUAUCGAAGGAAGGUCGAAGAUAUGGAGGAAUCGAUCAAAGCGGACCAGACGAGGCUGGAUGAUCUCCAAAGGGAAAAGAUGCAGUAUGCCUCAGAGUUUGACAAAUUACGUAAAGAGGCUGAAAAGCAAGGUCAGAUUCAAAUACACCUGGAGGAACAGCUCAUAUACAUGCAGGAGAACUUCCACGGGGACAUCACCCAGUAUCAGGUGAUUAUUGAUCAGUUGGAGCGGGAGCGGAUAAUGUUGGCCAACACCAUGGCAGAAAAGGUCAGAGACCACCAGCAGCUACUGCAGGUCAAGAUGGAUCUGGGCAUGGAGGUGGCUUACUACAGGUUUGAGAUGGCAGGGCAGAAAGAUCAGCAUCCUCCUGUGAGGGCACUUAUUGAAGGAGAGCAUCAGCAACAUCUGCAGUCAAGAGGAAGAGUCAUAGAUAUUAAGAUGAUGCCUCCACAACAGUACAAACCAAGAGUUUUCACAUCAACUAGACAGGAUGUAAGGAAACAUCUGGAUGUGAAAUACAUGGAGCCAACCUCAAGCUUGAGAAGAUCACCUGUUCCAUUUCAAUAUGGUCGCACCAGUCCUUCCAGGGUCAUUCCUAUCUCAGUCAAAGGCAGCAGCUACAACAGGAAUCAGAGUCCUACCGCCAGAAGGGACAUGGUCUUAUUCACUAAAUCCCAGUCUGCAUCCUCAAGCUCUUCCUCCACUACCGUUAAACCUGUGGCCCAGAGUACGGACAAGAAAAAUAUAGAUGCUCAGAAGAAAGUAGUGGAGGAGAGGAGUGUGAGAAUCAAAGAGGUGUCACAACACUCAGCUAAGGAUUCUCUUGACCAUUCUCGAGGCACAGCAAACACGUCCAGUCCCAUUGCCUCAACCACUGCUGACCCCAAAUCAGUAAGAAUAGUGUCACCACCAAUGAUGAGUCUUAGCAGAAACACAGAGGAGGACAGCAAAAAGAAAGCAGAGAGGCAAGUUGAAAGAGAGGUGAGAGGAGAUGCAUUUGGUCUUCAGAAUAUCAAGAUGCAUGCCAAAGAUGGCAGCAUUACAGCAACCACGACAAGUGAUACGAUGGUCCUAGACUCUGUGUCUAUGGAGGAACUCAUUGAGAAGGUCAUGAAACCUGCUGGUUUGGAUCGAAAGGUCUGCAGCUCAUCUCCAGACUCCAAGAUCACUUACCAUGUGGAGAAAACGGAGAAGGAGGACGGGUCAACAAAGACACAGAUUAUCCUGGAGUCCAAGGUGCAGGAGGAGCUGGAUAUGUCAGAGGACUCUGCACUGGAGGAACUUCUCAGCAAGGGAGUGAAACACGUGUCACUGGAGGAUAUCAAGGGCACUUCAACAGGACACAUGAUUCAGAAUCUGCUCAGCCUUGGGCUGCAUGGAGGAGAGGACAUGGGAAACAAGACUGUCAAUGUGGAGAUCAUCGAGGAACCAGUGGAGGGUUACAGUGACGAGGAGUACGAGUUUGAGGAGAAGUACACACCCAAGUUCUCCCAGCCCUCUUCAAUGUUCUUUCAGAUUGAAGAACUAGAGAAUGACCCUCACGGCACCAAAUACCAUGAGAGUGGUGCUGAAGUAAUGAAAACCUCCAUGACAGCAGCAAACUAUGGUAGUAAUGGUGGAUCUGUGAAGGUCCAGGAAGACUUCAGAGAUAGUGAAUCUCCAUACUACAGCCACAACCAAGAGUCUCAAGAGUAUUUAGUCUCCACACCUGAUGGAAAUCUGUCAGAGCCUGAGGAGGGUGGUGGUAUAGCAUCAUAUGGACAUGGUGAACGACCCUCCAGUGGUGGACGAAUGGUGGACGACUUUUCAGAUGAAAGGUACUACCAGGAGGGGGAAGUCUCAAAGAACAGAAUUUUUGUAGAGGAAAGCGAUAGUUACAGACCUGCAUCGGACAGCCAGUACAUGAAAGAUGACCACUCCUUGGCCCAAAAGAGUUACUCAGAGUGCAUCAUUGAAGAGGAGACCAUUCGUGUCUCCCCCACAGUGCAGGAGUCAAUGCUUGGAUACCUGAGAGAGGAAACUUUACACCCCAAAGAGCAGCUGAGGGGAGCCCUAGAGCAGCUCCAAGGAACAGUGUCAGUGAGCCUGAAAGAAGAGUUGGCUCUCCUCACAAGAGGCGGCAGUGAUAGUCCUCAGAUCAUAUCUGUGGACAUAAAAAAAGUACACCAGUCCUCUGACAACGGAACCAUGACUAUUGUGGCAGAGCUCAAGAGCUCAACAACUCUAGAGGACUCUGGGCAGCUGGGGGAGCAGGGGGAUGAUGUAUCUGAGGAGCAGAUCAUGGCGGCUCUACGCUCCUCCAACCUUGGAGCAGAGGGAGGAUACACCUUGGACACAAAGGAGAUGUGCUGGGUGACUAGCAGUGAGGGACAGGGAGGCGAGUCCUCAACUGAUGUCACUGAGAAGCCAUUCACCUUCCAGAUGGAUGUGAAUAACGGGCAAGGACAGGAUCCCCCACUGAAGGUCACUCAUAAGAAAAGAGUUGCCACAGUCUAUCUUGAAUCUAAUGAAGAUGAGUUCUGAUUCAAAUUAGAUAUUUUUAUUAUACUACUCCCCAUAUUAAGUCACACACCAGUCAAUCAGUUGUAACGAACUGUAAGGUGAUGUUAUUCGAUGUGAUUCAUGAAUUGCUAUGCCUACAAUUGUGAUAAGAGUACAAAUUAUAGCCACUGCAUAUAUAUAUAAAAAAGUUUUAAUAGCAUUUGUUACCCAUUUUCAAAUGUCUCUCUGCUUCUUUUUAAGAAUAUGUUAUAUUCAUUUCCUGCUAUAUUUUUGUACUAACCUGUACCACAGAAUAGGGAUGUCUUUUUGCCUGAGAUACUAUAAACAAAUAUGGAACAAUGCUAAUAUAUCCUCUAUUGUUAUGGUUAAUGUUGCAGUCUUAAAACAUGUUCAACAUGUAGAGUAUGUAUCUAGAAAAAAAACAUUAUACCUAUUGUUUCCUGUAAUGCCAUGUUAUUUUUAACCACAUUUAAAGCUAGUGGUUUGUUACUGAGGGAGUUCUUGUGGUUAAUAAGGGAAAUACUCCAAUACAAUGCUAAGGAUGGCUAUAUUUGAAUAUGUUUAUGAUAGGGCACAAAAGUAUGUGUAUCAUGUCUUGUCAAAUGAAAUCUACUCACUAUUAAUAAUUUGAAUUGGAAGGGAAAAAAUC